AUGUUUGGAGAAUUACCCUCAGCAUUGCAAAAUUGUACGAGUUUGGCUAUUCUUGAUCUCAAUGAAAAUCAUUUAAGCGGAAGAAUACCUGCUUGGAUUGGUGACAAGCUCUCUAGCCUUGUGGUAUUAAGUCUCAACGAGUGGUCGGACAGUAAUAGAGGAACUUUUAGCAUUUAUUUGAGUGCAUCAUUGGUGUUGAAAGGAAGAGAGGAUGAGUAUAAUAUCACACUGGGACUUGUUACCAGCAUAAACAUUUCAGUUAACAGGAAUCUCCUAACUAGAGAUAUACCAGACAACAUUCGCGACUUAAAGUUGAAGGAAUCUCUUGAUUUGUUGAUGAAUCGUUUGCAUGGUGAAAUCCCUUCAAGCUUGUCCAAUUUAAGUUUCUUGAAUCACUUCAACGUGUCAUACAACAACCUAUCAGGACAGAUCCCGACAGCCACUCAGCUUAAAAGUUUUGAAAACUCUUCCUUCAAGGGCAAUCAUCUUUGCGGGCCUCCAGUGAGUAAAAACUACAGCACUAAAGGUGUUCCGACUAAUGCUACGAAGAAUGGAGACAGCAAUGGAAGAAGCAAAGUGAAUACGUUUUAUGUUAACAUGCUUGUUGGGUUUGUAAUGGGAUUUUGGGGAGUGGUGGCUCCCCUGUUUUUCAUAAGGUCUUGGAGGCAUGCUUGCUAUGCAAAGCUGGAGCACUUCGGUAACAAGUUGUAUGUGUUUUGGGCUACUAAGAGUAUGCAGUUCCAUGGGAAAAAAUAA